AUGGCCACUGCAUUUGUCUUGUCAGUACUGGCAGGCAUCAUAUCGGCCUUUGUGCUCAAGUAUGGCCUGAAAACACUGGGAUGGCUGGCGAGCCGGCUCUGCGACAUGAUCCCAAGCAGAUAUCACCCACCUGAGAAACCAGGAGACAACCACAUCCAGAUCUUGGUUCUGGGUGAUAUUGGCCGGAGCCCGCGUAUGCAGUACCACGCCAUUAGCUUUGCGAAACAUGGCAGGAAAGUCGACAUUGUAGCCUACAAAGAAACGUCGAGGCACCCCGACCUCAUUGGCAAUGAGAGAGUUUCCCUGUACGCUCUGGCACCUCAGCCGGAGUGGAUUGCUUGGGGCACGCUGCCUUUCUUCCUCAACAUACCGUGCAAGGUGAUGCAACAGUUUUGGACAUUGCUCUAUACCAUGAUGUGGGCGACACCAGCGGCCCAGUGGAUCAUUAUCCAGAAUCCUCCAUCAAUCCCUACUUUCCAUGUCGCGCUCCUCGUCUCUUGGAUUCGCGGCAGCAAAGUUGUCAUUGACUGGCACAACUAUGGGCACACCAUCCUCGCCCAGAAACCCCUGUACGCCAUCUUGGUGCCAUUUUACAGGUGGUACGAAAUCUUUCUGGGUAAAUUCUUGGGAAACGUCAAUCUUGCAGUCACUGAUGCCAUGGCUCGUGAGCUACGCGGAGCGCGAUUCAACCUGAAGAACCCAGUGCACACCCUCCAUGAUCGACCUGCCCACCUCUUCCAGCCCAUCACUUCACGCAAGGCGAGGGAAGAAUUCCUUUCGCGACUUCCGCAGACGAAAUCCCACUUCAAGGAUAUCAUGGAUGGACACAUGAGGCUCAUUGUGAGCAGCACGUCCUGGACGCCGGAUGAGGACUUCAGCAUGCUCAUUGAAGCUCUCGUCUCCUAUGCCAAUCCCCAUGAAGGCGAUGGCACGUCGGAACCCCCGUCGCCAAUCCUAGCCAUCAUCACCGGGAAGGGUCCCGAGAAGGAAAAGUAUGUCGAGAUGAUUAAGCAGAUGCAGGAAGGCGGUCGUCUUCCAGGCGUCAAGAUACUGACAGCCUGGCUUUCGAACCGCGAAUAUGCCUCGCUUCUCGCCAGCGCUGACCUGGGCAUCUCCUUGCACAAGUCUAGUUCCGGAGUCGACCUUCCCAUGAAGGUGGUGGAUAUGUUCGGGGCUGGCCUACCUGUGGCGGCGUAUUCCGCCUUUGAGAGCUUUGGAGAACUUGUCAAGGAGGGCGAGAAUGGCUGCGGGUUUGAGACAGCCGAUCAGCUGAAGAAUAUCUUUGGCCGCUUGUUCAGUGAAGAGGGGCAGGACGAACUGGCCAAGCUGAAAAGGGGGGCGAUCAAGGAGGGAUCCCUGCGAUGGGACGAGGAGUGGGAUCGCGUCAUGGCUAGCAUUAUCGGGCUGAGCGAUUAG